GCAGCUCAGGGAACUCUAGACAUCAGUGUGAAGCCUCAGCUCCAAUUGGAGGACACGCACUGUGCAUCAUCUCUCCCUCAGCACAUCCAUCCCGUCUGUGGCUCGUUGGAAUAACAAACAUUCCCCCCAAAAGAGGUUCGAGAGCGGAUAAGCAGACCAGGAGAGAGGUGAUGGAUGAGAGAAAGACCAGGAGAGAGGUGAUGGAUGAGAGAAUACCGCAUUUACAGGAGAGGCAGUUCAUGGAGCACGCCGAUUUCUUGGGGGUGGAUUAUCCCUCCCUGUACAUGUGCAAAUCCAAAAGAGGAAUAAAGCGAGAGGAUGGUGGGAAGCAGGACGCGUACAAGUUACCUCACCGGUUGAUAGAGAAGAAAAGAAGAGACAGAAUCAACGAAUGUAUCGGCCAGCUGAAGGAUUUAUUACCCGAACAUCUGAAGCUGUCGACUCUGGGGCAUUUAGAGAAAGCCGUGGUCCUGGAGUUAACACUGAAACAUCUGAACGCACUGACUGCUGUCACCGAGCAGCAGCACCAGAAGAUCAUCGCUCUGCAGAACGGGGACCGGUCGUUAAAAUCCUCCAUCCACGCAGACCUGGACGCGUUCCACUCCGGGUUCCAGACCUGUGCCAAAGAGGUCCUGCAGUACCUGAGUCAGUUUGAGAACUGGGCGACGCGGGAGCAGAGGUGCGCGCAGCUCAUCGGUCACCUCCACACGGCGCUGGCUCAGUUCCAUCCCGGUGCGCCGCCGCCGCCGCCGCCGCUGCCGCUCCAGCAGCACCAGACCCCCGCGGGGGGGGACUCACAGAGCGGGCAGAGGGCAGACAACAACAGCCAAGCGAACUGCGUCCCGGUCAUCCAGAGGACCCAGGUGGGGGGGGAGCUUAACGAGAAUGACACGGACACGGACAGUGGAUACGGGGGCGAGGCGGAAAAGAGCGAGGCGAAAGACAAAGAGUGUGAGCAGCGCGACAAGGCGCAGCAGCAGCAGCAGCAGCAGGGACACAAAGCUGUGAAAAUCAAGCAGGAGUUUGGAGAUGACCGCGCUGCCAAGAAACCAAAGAUGAACUGGAGUGGGAGCGGGGUGGGCGGCGCUGACCUCACCAGACCAGACCUGGCGUUUAUGAACUCUCUAAUGGGAAUAAGCAGUAUGGGACAGCAGACGCCUAUUUGCAUGCCUUUCUACUUCAUCAACCCCUCUGCCGCGGCGUCCUACAUGCCUUUUUUAGACAAGAACAACAUUGAGAAGUACAUGUACCCCGCGGCCGCCGCUCUCGGGUCUCCUUUCCCCUGGCUGUACCCCGCACACGCUGCCGCCGCCGCCGCUGCCGCUGCCGCGUUCCCCGGCCUGUCUGCACACUUUGGAGCCUCCUCUCAGUCCAAGGACUCCCAGAGUCCAGACAGCGACGAGUCACGGGAGGAUGAGACGGACUCACCUGAGGAGGACGACGGGGAGGGUGACGUAGCUGAUCUGUCUCUGGAGAGCAACAACAGUCCGCAGGAUCAGCUGUCUGCGUGUCCAACGAGCUAAAGUGUGUUUUACCUUUCCGUGCAUUCUGCUGAGGUGUUUAUUUUUUAAAUUAGGUUUAAAGGAGGACUCACUGAGGGGUCUCUCAUGUACAAAAAGCGUGUGCGUAAAGGGGACAGUUGUGACGUGCCUUUUGCACUUAUUCUAGUUUAAUCAAGCUAAAUAAUUAUCGACAAUGAUUGACAUGAACUCACAGCUGUGUUGAGCUGAGGGGUUUGGGUUUUUUUAAUCGUCUUUGAUAAAAAAAAAAUAUUUUGAAUUGGCAGCAAUUGGUGCCAAAAACUUUUGAGAACAUCAUCAGUUCUCCAAUCAGCGAGCCUCUUUUGGAUGUAUGACGUUGCAAACUGACCUCUGCCAAGGUUAAGUUAGAGCCCGACUUAACUCUGACUGUAAAUACAGGCUGGUUCAUGAACAUGCAAAACGUGCACUAACUGGGCCUGUUAACAAGUGCAACAAUCCACAGUACCUCAUCCCCCAUUGGGAGGCACUUUGUCCCUCCUGAGAAGAAUUGAAUAGUUCCCCCCCUUCCAGAAAACACAAACACGCCUGAAAAAGAAAUACAAAAAUCAGACACUUUAGCAAUUACACAUUUAUAACAAGAGAUGAUAGGAGAGACACUUUGUUGACGCCUGAGUUGACUCUGGUUCCCUUUAGCCUACUGGUUUGGUCUUGUGAGGCAGGAAUCACUGAAGUCCUGCAGAGUAAUGGAAAGGAAGAAAAGAGGGCUGCAGCUCAGAGGUGAAGGGACCUGUGACUCCUGUACCUCCGGGAUGAAGCGUUGUAGGAUAGCACCUUAUACAUCUUUAAUAUUGAAUGUACCUGUCAUUUCCCAGCUGUUGAAGUUUGUACAUGUAGGACGAUCUUUACUCUUGAGACGUAAAGUGCACUUUUUCUGUCUCCCUCCCCUCCCCCACACCGUUACCAUUUAAUUUGUAAGAAGUCAAUCACUGGAGUUCUGGUUGAACCUUUUUUACUAUGUUGAGUUAAAUAAAAUGAUGAUUCCAUUUCAACAGAGCGCAGAGAUACAACAUUUUCUAAGUAAAAGCCCACUGCUUGUUUCCAGCUCUUAAAAAGUAAAAGGAAAUAGAUUUGAGAUUGUCAGACUAUCCACCUAUCUGUGUUGUGUAAACCCCUCACUUCUUUACUUUGGAAAAGGUGGGAACCACAAGUUCUGAAUAUUGUUGUUUUAGGACUUCUGACUUUUUUGUCUCGGCCUAUUUUUUUUUUUCCUCCAAGAGAUUAAUUCCUGCAAGUGUUGUGUUUUUCAGCUUCCACAUGUGACUGACUAAACAGAAGAUUUUCAUUGUAUUUUGCAUACAUGACAUUGCUUUAGUAAAACUAUUCUGCUGAUUUUUUUGCCUCAAAUCUGUUCUAUGAAGUGGCAUGUGCAUCUGUAAAUACGUUUUUUUUGUGAAUAUACCAUGAAGUAUACAUGUCUAUUUCAGUGUUGUAGAAGUCUAUGGAUUUUUUUAAAGAAAAGAUUUAACUGAGCAACUGUUGCACAUUUCAUUAAUGCGUUACACAUGCUGUUCUAAAUUAUUGCUGAUGAGUUGAAAAAUAAAUAUCAAAACAAACUUU